GGCGCGCAAGCGCAGAGCGUGGUUUGUCGCCACACCAUAAAUUCAUUGCGUGCUAUACGGAGCGUCCACGGUUAGAGAAAGAACACGAUGUCUCGCUAUUCUAACUACUCUCGAGGUGAUCUCGCCUGUAAGGUCUACGUCGGUAACCUUGGAUCAUCGGCAGGUCGUCGAGAGAUUGAAGAUGAAUUCAGCAAAUUUGGACCUCUGAAGAACGUCUGGGUGGCCAGGAACCCUCCAGGUUUUGCCUUUGUGGAGUAUGAGGAUUCUCGGGAUGCUGAGGAUGCGGUCAAGGGUCUCGAUGGAGCAUACAUUUGCGGACAUCGGGCACAGGUAGAAAUGUCCUCGGGUGAGAAACGUAGCCGAGGCCGGGGUGGAAGACAACCACGCACAGCCAGUUCCGACGAUAAAUGCUACAAUUGCCAUGAGCGAGGGCACUUUGCCCGCGACUGCCGGAGUGGCAAAGGUGGAGGCGGCGGUGGACGUUAUGGUGGUUACGGUGGCAGUGGUGGUGGUCAAAGCCGAAGAUACAGUCGUAGAUCCAGGUCCCGAUCCAGAGAUCGCAGCCCAUCCCGAGGAAGAUAUGAUCACAGCAGGUCUCGAACCCGAUCCAAGAGUCGAUCAUACUCGCCUCGAGCCCAUCAUCACCAUCGCAGCAGGAGCUCAUCUGACCGUGAUUAGAGGCUUGGGUCAAAUGUCUUGAUCGUGAUUAGAUGCUUGGGACAUAGGUCAUGACCAUACAUUUUUAAAUCGGCGCAGUACAAACCCCUUGUAUAAAAACGAGUCGACCACUUUCAUUGCCCUGAAGGAAAAAAGUGGACUUUAAUCACUGGUUUUAGUUAUGGUGAUAAGUGAACCGGAAAAAGCGUAACCACGAUAGAGAUCUUGUUAUGGCUGCCUUUUCAUGCAGUAACAUUUCUCCUGAUGAUACUUUGAAUGUACAGUCAAUACUUUUAAAAGCAACUUUUCUGAAGUAUGUCGUUCAUACGUUUGUGAAUGCGAAUGUUCAAAACUACACUAUUUUAGUAAAAUAUCCUCCUGUAUUUUUUUUUAGUCAAUAGCUUGAUAUUUUUUAAACCAUAUUCAAGAUUAUUAGUUUACUUUCUACCAAUUUGUGAUUGCCAUCUCUUACUUUUUGCCCCCAGAAUAUUUCCUUUCAAGAAUUGUUGUAAAUAAGUGUAAGAAAUUUGUUUUUCUUCUCUUUUUGAGGGGAGUGAUAUACAUGUACAUGUAACUUUUUGUGAUGUGUGGAAAAAAAACUUUACCAAAUGUCUGUCGCCAACGCCAAUGAUGGUCGGCCUGGAAUAACAUUGAGGGUGGCCUUAGUGCCCCAAAUCAUGUUCCCAUCGACUAUAAGAUUUUUCAAUGGCGGUACCGUUUGCAGAAUCAAAUUGGUCUGCCCUUUCAAAAGGUGAAUUUCCAGGCCGGUACGUUGCUAUUUCAAGAUCAGUUUGUUGAGAAGUUUGUCCUGACCAAAA